GGAGACUAGUAGCAGGUUUAGAAACUGCUACUAGAGAGAACCCCUCAUUCGCGGAUUCUUCCAUACCCGUCAACCAAACUCGUGGGAAAACCCCGGGGGGUGGGACUUAAUGACUAACCUGAAGCUCCGCCAAUUGGCACUUGCAAUGGAUGCAGAUUGGCAUAUUUUGAGGUGACACAAGUUUCGGUGUAAAUUGGUUCUGUAAAUAAUCUUUAUUCCUCUCGCUAUAAGGCCUGACUUCGUUUGUCUGUCACAUAAUAUAAGUUUUGUGUGUCAGUAUUUGUUAGUAUAGUCUAAGAGUCGUUCAGAAAAAUAUCUACAUUAAAUGCCGUAGAUAACAUCCUCUGUUGCAUGGGGGCAGCUAGCUAGCCAUACUAGCUACUUUGGCUAGCUUGGUAGUUUCGAGGCUGUCAUAUCAGUUCUCAGCUGUCUUGCUAUCAAGAAGCUAGCCAGUUAAUUGUACAAACGUAUCCAAACCUCAGUUACUAAAGGACAGCAUUGGAAUAUGCAUGUGACAUGACACUCCAGCGCCGAACUGACGUUUGAAUAAGGUAAGAAAACGAGCUAGCUAACGACGUUAUGUCAAAAUGCUAGCUACAUUGUUUCGCGUGUUUCCUCGUCAUACGUCAGAUUAUGAUAUGGAUGCACCUGAUCAAAUUUUGCAUGGUUUGCUAUACUGGCUACCUAGCCUUACAGCAAACAUGUCCUAGUAUAUGUGCUGUUUUACACUAAUUGACACGUUCCAUGGGUGUUUUCACAAUGAGGGUCCUUCCUCAUCCUUGAUUAAGCAAGGCCUGGCAGUGACACAUUAUUUCUUCUCUCGCGCAUCAUCACUCGCUGCUGUUGACUGGCUUUAUUCAGUGAUGUCACUGAUGGGACAUGCAAGACAACUGCUGCAAUGAUGAUACAAUUACUCUGCUGUUAAUAAUGUUUGAUCUAAUCUGUUGGGGCUUUUGAAUGUUGUGAUUGAAAAUGGAAGCAAGAUGGUGUGUUGUUUAGAUAGUCAGUGUUGCAUCCCAGUCAUUUUAUAUUCAGGAUGUCAGCACCAUCAGUAUGUGGCUACAUUGUGCAUCACACAUUCACACUGUCAAAAGGCAAAGCAAAAGGGACAAGUGGGCUACUUUCAGAAGUAGUUGUCAUGUGUCAGAUAGCAGUAAGCACUGCAGUAGUACAUGUUGUUGACCAAGGGUCAUUCAAUUAUGUGUAUUUUGAAAGGGCAAUAGGCCUUUUCCCUUCACUCCUUCCUUAUGGUAGACUACUAGAAUAACAUCACAACAAGUGUCUGUCGUAUUAUUUUGCUAAUUCCAUGCUCCCUCAUCAAGCUCAAAUAGGGGCAUGGUCAACUUUGCAUGAUAAACAACAACAAGUCCUCUAUGUGAACAUUUGAACUGGGAAAAUUGAUGUUAUGCACAGAUACGCAGCCUGAGAGGAGUUGCAAUGCAAACCAAGGCUAACAGUGGCACCCUAUCAUUGAUUGAUGCUUGAUGCACAGACAUGAGGUGUGAGUGGCCAGAGAACCACAAAGAGGAGUCAUGUCAGAGGUGCUUGGAUCCUCCCUUCAUAAUAUUGGUUUUGUCAAACAGGUCGACCCUGUAUUACAGUGGAGGUGUCUCUAUUGUUUGUCAGGAAGAGGCGUUUGACUGCUUUAGUCUAUGAAUUCCCCCUCACAACUCCCUUAACCCACUCUGACCUUAUCUGAUCAUCACACAGCUAGGGGAAAUCCAAAAUGUCUCAAAUUCUGAGUCAGGCCCGAGUGUGUUUGAAUAACGGCUGGCUCAGAAUCUAUUUAUGUAAAUAUUGACUGUAGUACCAAGGCCUAUGCGGCAUCACCCAUUUCUCAUUUUAAGAGGAGAGUAUCAACAGGUUUUGAGCAUAUUGUCUGACUGCUUCAAAAUUGCCUUCUGGGUAAAGCCAUUUGAAUUCAAUCAGUUUUUCGACAGCAUCCCUGUCAACUUUCUAUGGAUGUUUGCCCAUGGAAGGAGUAUUCAGAAAGUGACUUUUUGGACCUGAAUGCCAAAACAUUCAGGAGGUAGAAGUGCUCAAAGUUGACCCAUUUUGCAUACCCCACCAUACCAUGAGACAUCCAUGUCUUCAUCACUGGAAAAGAUAAGAGGUUGAGCUGGAUAUCAUUUAAAAGCUUACAAACAAUGUUGUCAAACUAUUUUAUUAUUUCUUGAAAAAAAGUUUUUUAAUAGAAUGCCACUUUCUUUUUCCAGAAAUUAUAAAAUAGUUUGACAACCCUGUUUGUAAGCUUUUAAACUGUAUAAAUCCCAAACUCUUGAUCUUUUCCAGUGAUGUUUCAUGGUAUGGUGGGGUAUGCAAAAUAAGUCAACUUUGAGCACCUUUAUCUCCUGAAUGUUUUGGCAUUCAGGUACAAAAAGUCACUUUCUGAGCACUUAUACGAUGGGCAAAUAUGUAUGGAAGGUUUCGUUCAAAUCAAAAGGGAUGCUGUCAAAAGUGAUUGAAUUCCUGAUUUUACCCUUAUGUCAAAUUGUUUUGUCAGGAAUCAGAAUACAGGCAGUAACCUUUUUUUUUUUAGGCCUAUUUGGUUGCAAGAUACCGGUAGUACACUAGGUUAGGCCUAAUCAUGUUUGUGCUCAACUGGUUUUCACCAUCAGUUUUAUGAGGUACAGUAGCAGCCUGCAGCUAAUGGUGUAAUCAGGCUUCACUCAGAUAAUAGGCCUACAUUCUAAUGAGGCUACAUCCUGUUUGUUUAGAUACCAGUUUUAAUCUUUGAAUGCCAUUUAUUCAGAGCUUAUCCCAGAUUUGUAUUGCCUAAAUGUUUUGUUGUUUUCCCGAAAAGGCACAUUUCUAGCAAAUCUUUAAAAAAACAACUCAACCCUUAUUUGGGUUAAUAUAGCCUAGCCAUAGGCCAAUUUUUUGGGGGAGAAAUUGAGCUGGGAUUUAUGAUAACGGUCAGUGAUUCUAAAUGGUCUAAUAGAAUUAACCUGGAGUCAUUCCGUGACCUUUAACAACAUUGUCAUAAUAACAACAUGCCUUUCUUUUCAUACACAGGUCCUACAAAGUACAUUGGGGCAUGCAGGCAGCCAGUUGAGACCGUCAUGAGGGAAACCCAGGCCAGCAGGAGCCUGUGAGCGACCAUACCACCCUCUCUGUCUACUCUGUAUUCUAACCAGCCAACGUUCCCCUCAGGUGUUAGGUCUAGUUAAUCUCUCACCCUUGCUAUGCCCCUGUCACUGCUUUGGGGAUAGAGGAACGGCCAUAAAGGGAAGAGAGAGGUCCUUCAUAUUGGGUUAGUUAGACAGGCGGACCCUGUAUUUCCCCCUGCUAUGCCCCAGCUCCUACAGCCAUGAGCUCUGCCCUGUGGAGCCAGGAAAAGCCCAGUGGGGGCUUCAGGGAGGACUGGCGCUUCUACAUGGUGGUCAAGGUAAAUAUACUUAUGUUUAAAGAGCCACUGAACAUGCCGAUUGGCACGUGUGUUUUUCUGUUGCUCAUUAGAAAAACCAGAUUUCAGUCUUGUAGGUGUGUUUCCUGACCGAUUCCGCGUUUGGUUAAUGAUGCUUGUUCCCAAUAAGCACUGUAGACACGGAAGCCUAUUUCACUUCUUCAAAAUCCGCAGAAUGAAUCUAAGAUAACUCAAAUCUGUAAUUAAUUUUGAUGUUUUGGCUAAGGAUUAUAUAACGUUUUCUGUAAGUCUUCACAAGGUUUUCACACACUGUUGCUGGUAUUUUGGCCCAUUCCUCCAUGCAGAUCUCCUCUAGAGUAGUGAUGUUUUGGGGCUGUCGCUGGGCAACACGGACUUUCAACUCCCUCCAAAGAUUUUCUAUGGGGUUGAGAUCUGGAGACUUGCUAGGCCACUCCAGGACCUUGAAAUGCUUCUUACGAAGCCACUCCUUUGUUGCCCGGGCGGUGUGUUUGGGAUAAUUGUCAUGCUGAAAGACCCAGCCACGUUUCAUCUUCAAUGCCCUUGCUGAUGGAAGGAGGUUUUCACUCAAUCUCACGAUACAUGGCCCCAUUCAUUCUUUCCUUUACACGGAUCAGUCGUCCUGGUCCCUUUGCAGAAAAACAGCCCCAAAGCAUGAUGUUUCCACCUCCAUGCUUCACAGUAGGUAUGGUGUUCUUUGGAUGCAACUCAGCAUUCUUUGUCCUCCAAACACGACGAGUUGAGUUUUUACCAAAAAGUUCUAUUUUGGUUUCAUCUGACCAUAUGACAUUCUCCCAAUCCUCUUCUGGGUCACCCAAAUGCACUCUAGCAAACUUCAGACGGGCCUGGACAUGUACUGGCUUAAGCAGGGGGACACGUCUGGCACUGCAGGAUUUGAGUCCCUGGCGGCGUAGUGUGUUACUGAUGGUAGGCUUUGUUACUUUGGUCCCAGCUCUCUGCAGGUCAUUCACUAGGUCCCCCCAUGUGGUUCUGGGAUUUUUGCUCACCGUUCUUGUGAUCAUUUUGACCCUACGGGGUGAGAUCUUGCGUGGAGCCCCAGAUCGAGGGAAAUUAUCAGUGGUCUUGUAUGUCUUCCAUUUCCUAAUAAUUGCUCCCACAGUUGAUUUCUUCAAACCAAGCUGCUUACCUAUUGCAGAUUCAGUCUUCCCAGCCUGGUGCAGGUCUACAAUUUUGUUUCUGGUGUCCUUUGACAGCUCUUUGGUCUUGGCCAUAGUGGAGUUUGGAGUGUGACUGUUUGAGGUAUAUAUGGGCUCCCGAGUGGCGCAGCGGUCUAAGGUACUGCAUCUCAGUGCUUGAGGCGGCACUACAGACCCCCUGGUUCGAUUCCAGGCUGUAUCACAACCGGACGUGAUUGGGAGUCCCAUAGGGCAGCACACAAUUGGCCCAGCGUCGUCCGGGUUUGGCCGGUGUAGGCCGUCAUUGUAAAUAUGAAUUUGUUCUUAACUGACUUGCCUAGUUAAAUAAAGGUGUAAAAAAAAUAUAUAUAUUUUGUUGUUAUAUUUGUAUAUAUUAUUACAUCUAACUAAGGUGUUUGGUGCAGUAUUUCUCAAGUAAAAAAAUGUGCGACAUGUGGUCUUAUUUAAACAGUCUCACUGUCUAUGCUAUUGGAUAGAGAGCAAUCACUGCAGCGGUUCACCCCAUGUUAGUGGGCAAAUGGACGUCGUCAAAUCAAAACCCUAUCUUCAUUUACCCAUUGUGACGCACGGAUGUUCCAAACUCUGUUUUAGACGUCCAUUUUAGACUAACUUUAUGAGCAAAAUUAUCCUAUUUACACUUUGUAGUCAAUAUUGACAGUAGAAUAACGGUUUCUGACUUUCUGAUAUUGAUGCCACAUAGGCCAUUUUCAAAGGGAUUCAUUGCUUUUUAAAAGCAGUCGCUCUUUAAGAAAUUACUGAAUUUUGCUAGGGAUUAUUCAAGAUUUUGUUCAUGUUUAUUUAUUUAUCGAGGCCUGUUUAUCGAAAAGGGUUCCUUUUGUGUUUCAUAUUUUGUUGUUGUCUAUUGUGUGUUUGAGAAUAAAUCAGGAAGAUAAGUCCUGAUGUACUAAUGGGUAUCUUCGAUUAUGUUUGAAUUGGCUCUGUAUUCCCUAUAUAGUGCACUACUUCUGCCCAAUGGGCCCUGGUCAAAAGCAGUGUACUAUAUAGGGAAUAGGGUGCCAUUUCUGACACAGCCUGAGACCCUUAAUAACUCAACAAAAUUCCACUAAGGAGUGUACAGUGGAGAAGCCCCCCCAGAAGACCCUGAGGAUCCCCCGGGGCAGCCUGGGACAGGCCUGCCAGGAGCGGAACAGCCUGGGGCGCACUCUGCCCCCCAGCAAGGGCAAGAGGAGCCUCCGUGUCCUGGACCAGACCAACGUGGUGCUGAGCCUGGAUGAGCGGUUGGUCCAUAUCUAAUUCAUGGAUAGUGACACUUUAUCUUGCAAUAUAGCAAAGUUUGAAAAAUAACAAUACUCACAUUUGACAUACUUUUGGUCAUGUAGUGUAUGUGGACACCUGCUAAUCAAAAAUCUAAUUCCAAAAUCAUGGGCUUUAAUAUGCUUCUAUAACAGCCUCCACUCUUCUGGGAAGGCUUUUCACUAGAUGUUGGAACAUUGCUGCGGGGACUUGCUUCCAUUCAGCCAUUAGUGAGGUCGGGCACUGAUGUUGGGCGAUUAGGUCUGGCGCGCAGUCUGCAUUCCAAUUCAUCCCAAAGGUGUUCGAUGGGGUUGAGGUCAGGGCUCUGUGCAGGCCAGUCAAGUUCUUCCACACCGAUCUCAACAAACCAUUUUUGUAUGGACCUCGCUUUGUGCACGGGGGCAUUGUCAUGCUGAAACAGGAAAGGGCCUUCCCCAAACUGUUGCCACAAAGUUGGAAGCACAGAAUCGUCUAGAAUGUCAUUGUAUGCUGUAGUGUUAAGAUUUAUCUUCACUGGAACUAAUGUGCCUAGCCCGAACCAUGAAAAACAGCCCCAGACUAUUAUUCCUCCUCCACCAAACUUUACAGUUGGCACUAUGCAUUCGGGCAGGUAAUGUUCUCCUGGCAUCCGCCAAACCCAGAUUCGUCCGUCGCACUGCCAGAAGGUGAAGCGUGAAUCAUCACUCCAAAGAACACGUUUCCACUUCUCCAGAGUCCAAUGGCAGUGAGCUUUACAUAACUCCAGCCAACGCUUGGCAUUGCGCAUGGUGAUCUUAGGCUUGUGUGCGGCUGCUCGGCCAUGGAAACCCAUUAAAUGAAGCUCCCGACUAACAGUUAUUGUGCUGACGUUGCUUCCAGAGGCAGUUUGGAACUUGGUAAUGAGUGUUGCAAACGAGGACUGAUGAUUUUUACGCGCUUCAGCACUCAGCGGUCUUGUUCUGUGAGCUUGUGUGGCCUACCACUUCGCGGCUGAGCCGUUGUUGCUCCUAGACGUUAUCACUUCACAAUAACAGCACUUACAGUUGAACGGGGCAGCUCUAGCAGGGCAGAAAUUUGACGAACUGACUUGUUGAAAAGGUGGCAUCCUAUGACGGUGCCACGUUGAAAGUGACUGAGCUCUUCAGUAAGGCCAUUCUACUGCCAAUUUUUGUUUAUGGAGAUUGCAUGGCAGUGUGCUCAUUUUUAUAUACCUGUCAGCAACGGGUGUGAUUGAAAUUGCCAAAUCCACUAAUUUGAAGGCGUGUCCACAUACUUUUUGUAUAUAUGUAGUGUGUGAUAUAUUGACAUGUUGUUUUUGUUACUUUAAUACUUUCUUGUGUUAUCCUGUGGGAUUCAAAUGCACAUGUUGUUGUGUGUUUGAUUUGCAACCAAUUCAUUCAAUUCAGGGACGUCCUGGAGUUGGAUGAGAAGCUAGCUGAGCUGCUGUUCCCCAUCACCAACUGUGAGGAGCGCUAUGCCCUGCUGUGCAACAAGCCCCGGCUGGAGCGGGCCAGAGACAUCGACUGUGGCUCCAAGGUGCGCGUGCAGCUGCGUUCGGGGGAUGAACCUUUGCCUGGGGUAGUCCGAUUUAAAGGAUCGCUCCUCCCCGACAGGGCUCUCUCCGGGGUCUGGUUUGGAGUGGAGCUGCUGGUGAGAAACCUCAUCUUUACUAUUCUUUUAAAAUGCAAUUUGUAAUGCAUUUUGUAAGCAACUGACCCUCAGUUACGUAUAUAGAGUAGGAACUUCAGUUAUGUUAUGUGUGUGUGAUAUUGCCUAUAAUUUGGUCUUUGUGAAAUGUUCCUUGAGGAUUUCAUAACAGCUAAAGCUAGUAAAUGGACUCUCUCUCUUGCCGUAGCCUACGUUCUGUAAAGAUGAGGUAAAGUAGCGGGCUACAAAGGCUUGUUUAUUGGAGCACAAUGUUGUGUUUAUUCCUCUUGUAGGCUGGGUGAGUGGGUGAAGGAGCUGGACGAGAGGCAAGGCUGACCGUUGCUCACUAUAAAGGGUUUAGCACAUUCUUGGAUUUCAGAUCAGCGUCUUGAUUGAAUGCCAGACUUGUAUCACAAUUCAGAAUACUUACCACACAUUUACAGUCAACAAUGUUUACUUCUUGUCUUGAUCAUACACACAUAAAUUGAACAAUGCCAAUACUGAAAAGCCCUACAUGGCAUUCAAGAAGAAGUGCAGUGUUGCAGUGUAUAGGAUCAUGGAACUACACCCUGUAACUGUCCAUUAUCCCUGUGUAAUAGCAAAUAUUAUUCAGUUUGGCGCCUGCCGGCUACUCUGCAAUGAAACAUUUUGAGUAUGCUGUUAUGCCCUCCGCAGUAUCGAUCUGAAACCGUCAUCAUCCCAGAUGUAUGAUGUUCCCUCCCCUGUAGAAUGCUGAGUAGGCAGGUUACUGUAGCUGAGCUCACCUCACUGUAAUGAGAGCUCAUGCCUCUUGUAUCAGCUCAGCCCAGUGUUAGGCUUUUCCUGUGAUGGUUAGUCUAGGGUUAGGGAUGGGGUUAGGCUAAGGGUCAGGGUUAUUCUUGGGCAUUACUGGGUGAGGGGUUAGCGUGACGGAGUAAGCUACAUGCGACUGGCACUCACAGGUUAUCCCACGUUUAACAUACUGUAUGUAACCUAUGCCUCUUCCUAGGAGGAGGGCAGAGGCCAGGGCUUCACAGAGGGCUCCUACCAGGGCCGACAGCUGUUCCGCUGUGAGGAUGAGUGCGGGGUGUUCGUGGCCCUGGACAAGCUGGAGCUGUGGGAGGAGGAGGAGGAGGAGGAGCUGGGGGAGCUAGAGGUUGAUCACGUCACCCUGGUGGAGGAGGAGAGAGAUUUCCAUCUGCUGGAGCUCAACUCCAGGGUCCUGGUCCAGACCAGAGAGGGGCCAGAGAGGGGAACCAUCAUCUUCUGUGACCUGCUGCCUGGGAACGAGAGCCUGGGGUACUAUGUGGGAGUAGACAUGGUAAGGGUCGAGACGCUGGUCCCAUACAGGGGCCUCACUGAGUACAACCUGCUCCUGUGUGCUGUAGAAUGGCAGACUGGCAAUGUAAAUGCUGUUAACACUAGGUGAAGGUGAAAUGUCCACCCUAAAUAUUAUAGAAUAAUGCUAUAUUUAUAGAACAUGGCUAACCACUUAUAAAUUACAUCUCAAGUUAAGCAAGAGCCUAGUUCAAGUAGCCCAUGUAAGGUUGUUUGUGUGAUUUGAUUAUUGUCUAUCCAGAAAAGCAAAGAUCAUUCAUAUUAUUUAUUUAGCAGUCUAACAACCAGCUGCUGGUGUCGAUGUUUACUGUUGCCAAUGUAAUCAGAUAGCAUAGCAGUUAAGGAUAGGGAACAUGCAUAAUGACAGAGGCAUUUGACUGCUGGUUGUUAGUAGUAGUAGCAGCAGUGAGCCCACUCAGUCUACUCUGGCCUGGGACACACACAAAGGGCAGUAGUCACGCGGGGAGCUGGGGAGUGAGGUAAAGAUGCAGGCUGAGCCCCCAAUGGCACCCUAUUCCCUAUGCAGUGAACUACUUUUGACCAGAGCUCAAUGGGCUCUGUUCAAAUGUAGUGCACUAAAUAGGCAAUAGGGUGCCAUUGGAGACGUAGCUACAGCACUGGGCUGUAUGACCAGUAGCAUGGCACAGGGCCAGCGGGUUGGCCGGGCAGCCGAGGAAAGGAGAGGAGAGUCCACUGCUCCGUCCGCUCUGCUCCAGCCUCGCCCAGCACGCAGAGAGAAUCAACAACACUGACAGGCCAUAUACAAAACAGCUUAGUGUUAGACUAUAUUCGUGUAACGUUUUUGUUUAUUUGGAUCUAUUUUAGCCCACAAUGGGGCCAACAUUCCAAGAGUACAUACAUUAGUGUGGUGGAGUGGGGCAACCAGUACUGGAGAACUUUGACCCUGCUUCCUGGGGAUUGGAAUAACCCCUCUGUUUUGAAGACGCGGGGAGGUACAUUUGAGAAACGUAGGGAGGGAAGGUUAAGAGGGGAGUUGAAGUGCAGACGGAGGCCCAUUACUGGGUGGAGGGGGUAGUUGACUGGAUAGAGAAGAGCUGUAGUAGUAAUGCCAGUGCUGCUGCUGAGACUGAGACUGGGACUGUAAGUACAGGUUUUAGGAGAUGAGGAACGCCCGCAGGAGUAAUCGGUUGCUGUCUCCGACUCUUCCAGGACAAUCCUAUUGGGGACUGGGAUGGCGUUAUCGACGGGAAGCUGCUGUGUAAUUUCGCCAGUCUGGAGCACACCCGUCUAGUCCCCAUCUGUGACGUAAUGCCAGGUGAGUCGGGCGGUCCGGUAGUCUAUUCUCUCCUUUUUCUCUCACAUCGAAUGUGUAUUGAUAUUUCAAUUCAUAACAAUUUCAUCAAGUGCAAAUAGAUAUUUUUGAAAUAUUCUCUCCCUUAACUGAAGAAGCUUCAGUAUUGUCAGUUAGCCAUAUAGUCAGUUAGGCAGUUAUGAGUGUAGUAUUUAUGGUGGGGGGUGAGUGAACACAGUAGCACUAAGCGGAGUGUUGUGUGUUAGUGUUUAAUGGCAGCAGCAUCAGUAACAGAGGCUCUUUUGUUUGACGGCUCUGCUUGUUUUUGAAAGUCAAGUGAGAUGCUGCUCCUCUCAGCCUCUUUGUUCUAGCCAUUGGUUUUAUUGAUUUGUUUGUGUGUGGUGUCUGACUCUGAACCCCAACAAUGGUUCAGAUGCUUUGAUGUUCUUGGUCUUCUUGGACAUUCUUGAAGUGUGUGUGGUGGGGGGUUCGUACGUUUCAUUAAUGCAUUUUCUCUUUGAAAAGCUUUUUGCUCUCUGAAACUUAAGACUGAUCAUGUUGACCUGUACUUGAAAGUCUAUGGUAUUGAGUGAAAGUAUGCUUUUCACUUUGCAUCAAUCUCCUGUAGAUUUUGUUACUAACUAAGUAAAUACCGGUAUAUUGCACAAUUAUAAAGACCUUCCCACUGCUUUACCAGGCCCCACAGCCACCAAUCAUGAUUAGGCCUAUUAUUGUAGCAGGCCUAUACUCUGUAAUGGUGCUAUGAUAUGGGGGGGGGGUGGUGGUGUAUUACUGUAUACCUGCCAGAACCAGCACCUGCAACAAGACACACGGCUGUGAACUGUAGGGUUUUCACUUGUUUUUGCACAGGGGGAUGUGUAUAUCAGUGUUGUUGAACACUGUUGUUAUACUGGGCUCUGUGUUUACAGAGUACUCCAUGCAGGACCAGAGGCUGCAGAAGCACAGUUUUGCCCCCAGAGGCAGCAGCAGUGACAAGUCGUCCUCUGGCCAAAGCAAACCAAAGAGCAAAGGUACUGCUGCUGGCUUCAAGUGCAUGUACUAGCUAACACUAUAACACUUUAACAUGGUGUUAGUGUGCUGACGUGAUAUUAGCUGAGGGUUCUGUCAUUGGAAUGUUGUGAGGGAAAUCAUAUCAAUAAGUCAUGAUGACUGAGUUUUGGAAAAUGUAAGACGUUUUGCCAGAUUCCUUUUGUGUGAAUGUCCAAUUUGGAUUCCAGAGCUUAUGUGAAUGGUAUGGAGUGGAGUGGUGAGAGUUACUGAACCGUUGUGUUCCUUGCAUGGCUACUGAACUGCUCAGUGUGCUGAGGAUCUGCCUCCCCGUUUCGCCUCUCUAUCCCUUUCUCUCUCUCUCUCUCUCUCUCUCUCCUCUCCACACCCAUCCUGCUGUCAUUAAUGACAGUGUCUGCUUUGAACAACCAGCCAAAAACACACACACAGCAAACACACACCUGCUUCUUUUCUGUUUCUCUGUUGACUUGUGUUAUCUCCAGGCUUAGGUCUUCAGUGUGGGAGUAGAAGCAAGUCAGAGUUUUAUUAUACUUUAAAUGGCAGCUCUGUUGACCACCCAGUCCAGGCCAAAAUCCAAAAGCACAUGGUACAUUGAUGAAGGUAAAACACCAGCAAGAUACAGUACUGAGACUCCCAACUGUCUUGAUAGCAGGGUCCUGUUAAUGCAUGGUUGAUCUACAGGAUUCAUUUACCAAUCAGUGAACAAAUAAAGAAUGCGUUUGAGCUUUAACUUAAUUAUUGUAUUGUUUUGGUAGAUAACAUUACAUUGUUAUUUAAAUCUUACUGUGAUUUGAAUAAGUAGCUUGCUAUCAAGACUAAGGCUGUGACGAUACCAGUAUCGAGAUAUAUUUUUUCCAUGGCAGAAAUGACAACACGAAGCAGGUCAAACUCUUUGGUCCUUUAAAAUACCUGCUGUGUAUGUAAAAUAAUGUGUUCUAUAGCUUGGAAAAUAAAUAAAUAUGACUGGUUGACAACAUAAUGAGGUUCUGUUUUACUAAAGAAGUUAAAUCCGCUUAGUGUUUUGUUUCCUUGCCACGAAACUGGUAUCGUCCCGGCCCUAAUCAAGACCAUUCACUGAGAGUCCUCUCUCUAUUCAUUCCCAUUGACUGUGAGGUCCACCUGCAUGGUGUAAUUGGUGUGGCAUGGUCUUCAUUAAAUCACAAAAAGGCUUUUAAUAAUGCUUUAAUAAAAGUGGACAGAAGUAACGUUUCUUACAUGUAUUCUCUCUCAGAAUAAUUAAAUUAGGUAAAGUGCUGUACUUUAUUCUUGAUAGUUUCCUGUAAGCAUUAGUGAAAGCCUUCAGUACUGGGUGUAAGUGAGGACAUGGAUAUGUUUUAUGGGGGAUGGUGUGGGGUAGUUUAGGAAGGUAAAAGUUGUACCAUUGUCUUCAUCUGUGGUGAUGAUCAUGUUCCUUACAGCAUGGUGGUGAUGAAUGGAUAAUUGACAAGGAAACCAAGGGAUUGAAAAUGAUUGAGCCAUAUAAAGCCUGUGUAAAGUUAUGGAGCUAUCAGUGGACUCUAGGGUGAGGAAGACCUAGUGGAGAUGACUCCUCUAUGUUGCAGGAAUGAGAGCAAUCCUGUCACAGCUGCUCUCUCUGUUCUGUUUCAUCACCUCUUUUGUUUCUCAUCACUGCCUUCUCCCCAUAUGUUCCGGUCCAUCAUAUUCAUAUGUGGUGGUGGAUUGUAUUAUUUUCCGUUGGUGAUGUGAGGAUCUUGUGACUCACCCAUCUCUCUUCUGGUUUAUUCUGUGGCUGUCUCCAUGUGGAGGCAUUUAGAUUUUCUCAACAUGUUCACAGUGACACAAAUAUUUACAUUUUCGACUCCCAUGGGAGGUAAAUAAAAACGUCCUUGUGUCACACAAGGUAUAUUUUGUGGUUCUGUUUACAGUGAAUGUAAAAAUGUGUAUACACUUUAUAGUGAAAGUGUUAUAAGCCAACGUUAUAUUUGGUUUGCUAAUGCUGAUAUGAAGCUGUGACACCACCUAGACUCUCCCUAUUCAGAACGUUGGCAAAUGUUCACGACAAAGUAGAAUUAGUCCACAUUGCUAGAAGCUCUCUGUCAGUGUAAUAUCUGCUGCAGUGAAAAUUGAUUGUCAGUCUGUUGUUUUCCUCUGCAGUCGGGGAGGACCCUGCCAAGUCCCUCACAGACACGCCCCCUGACUUCAAUGAAGCCACUCCUCCUACCAGGGCCCCGCCCUCUGCUUCCUUGUCCAAUGACAACAAGUUCCACUCCCUGCCCUUCAGCCUGAGCCGUAAGACUGGGCCCAAUGGCAGCAUGAGCCAUGGACCCCUCUCCCUCUCCGUCCAGUCAGUGAUGGGAGAGCAGAUGCAGAUGCCAGAGCCCCCUUCCCCUACCCCUCCCUCCCCGCGGCCCCCCUCUCCCCCCAACUCUCGCGGGGGUGGGGGUGUGCCUGGUCUGGAGGUGGGGUCCCUGGUGGAGGUGAAGGAGAACCCGCCACUGUGUGGGGUCAUCCGCUGGGUGGGGCUGCCCCCGGGACUACCGGAGCCACUGGCUGGCCUGGAGCUGGUGAGAGAUCAUUACACUGACAGGAAGGAUUGUCUCUUUGUAGCUUCUGAGACCUGGCUAUUUUGUCUUGUGUUUUCCCCAAUAACAUUGUCACAACAAGUGAAUUAAGGAUUUAAGGAAACCAUCAGUGAAACAACGUUGUUUUAAAAUGAAUAGUAGAAUCAUCCAAAUCCAUUGUUUGCUACGGUUUGGAAUAAACAUGUUUAUUUACAUUUUACAUUUACAUUUUAGUCAUUUAGCAGACGCUCUUAUCCAGAGCGACUUACAGUUAGUGAGUGCAUACAUUUUUCAUACUGGUCAUUACUAGCUAUAUGUUUAGUCUAAUAGCAUACGGCUAACUGCACUGAUAACAUCAUGAUGGCCUUGUCUGGUUCUGCUCUCUCAGGAGGAAGAGUGUGUUGGCUGUACAGACGGCACCUUUCAAGGUACCCGCUACUUCAGCUGCGCGCCCAAGAAGGCCCUGUUUGUGAAGCUGAAAUGCUGCCGGCCUGACUCCCGCUUUCCCUCCCUACAUCACUCCUCCAACCCCAUAGAGAGAUGCAACUCUAUCGGUGAGUCACUGGUGUCACCUGUCAGUCCUGCGCUGAAUUACAAAUUGACCCCUAGCCCCUACCCUAGGUACUCCCUAGGAUUGGACGGGUAAAAGCAAUAUGGGGACAUUUCCUCCCAGCUAAGCAGUCCUGCCCAGGAUUGUCAACUUAAUCUUCACUGUUUGUGUCUGUCCAGCUUUCGGGGGUUAUCUGAGUGAGGUGGUGCAUGAGAACACUCCUCCACGCACUGAGAAUGAUGGUCUGGACGUCAUGGUGGGCAAGAAGAAAGGUAUCCAGGGCCACUACAACUCCUGCUACCUGGACUCCACACUCUUCUGGUAAGGACAUAGGAGAGAGAUCUCUGAGUUUUCUCUUCUUCUUUGCGAGUUCUUAACCUCCUCAUUCCUAUGUCACUGUAGUUAAAGGCCCAGCGUAGUAAAAAAUGUGAUUUUCCUGUGUUUUAUAAAUAUAUUUAGACAUUAUGAGGUUGGAAUAAUACUGUUUUAAUAUAAUACUGGAAUAAAGCCUGUUUUGGUGGGAUGGAGUUUUAGGUAAAUUAGUUAAUAGACCAAUAAUAAAGAGAUCCAAACCUCUCACCCCUCCCCACUCAGACCACUCCCAGACAGUCCUAGCAAAAGUAUUGCUUGAGAAUUUGCUAAGAAGCCAUUUUUGUUUCUUUUGGACCAUUUUAAUUGAAAACAAUCACACUAAGGUACUUCAUAGUCUUUUUAGUCUCUCAACAGGGAAAAUAAAUGGUUUCUUUUCUCUUUCCCCUCUUUAGUCUCUUCUCCUUCAGCUCAGUCCUGGACACGGUUCUGCUGAGGCCGAGGUCCAAGACUGACGUAGAGUAUUACCGAGAGACACAGGAGCUGCUGCGCACAGAGAUAGUCAACCCCCUGCGCAUGUAAGUAGGAAAUUGCUCUUCGUGUUUUGUUCACAGACACAUUCAUUCAGUAUAAUGUAAUGUGGCAAACCAAUGCUUAACAUGUGAUUUUAUAAACACUUUAAUUAGUUUUCUAGACACAGUAUCAUAACUGUGAGAUCCUCUGAUUCUAUUUCCAUUUGUCUUGUAGACACGGAUAUGUGUGCGCCACUAAAGUGAUGAAGCUCAGAAGGAUACUGGAGAAGGUAGAAGCUGCCUCAGGGUUCACAUCUGAAGAAAAAGGUGUCUGAUGCCUUUAUCAAAAUAUUAAAGUGUUGGGGUUUUGUUAUAAAUGUCAUAAACUUGUUCUAAAUAUUUUUAAACGUCUUAUAAACUUAAUGUUCACCUUUCACCUCACAGAUCCUGAGGAGUUCCUCAAUAUUCUGUUCCAUCACAUAUUGAGGGUGGACCCCUUACUCAAGCUGAGGUCAGUCUACAUUAAACAUACUCAUAAACAUAUCCUCUUGUUAUUGCUUAUCUAAAGUAUUUCUGCAAAUAGUAUGAAAAUGUAUGCACUCACUUAACUGUAAGUCGCUCUGGAUAAGAGCGUCUGCUAAAUGACUAAAAUGUAAAUAGUAUACACAUUUAAGAAUAUUUAGACAUAAAUCUAAGCUGAGCUCAAAUUAGUACGAUUUCCCAUGUAUUCUUACACAUGAUAUCCUGUUUGUAUCUGUCGUGUCUAGGUCGGCAGGUCAGAAGGUUCAGGACUGCUACUUCUACCAGAUCUUCAUGGAUAAGAAGGACAAAGUGGGCGUGCCAACCAGCCAGCAGCUCAUAGAGUGGUCCUUCAUCAACAGUGACCUCAAGUUUGCUGAGGUGAUCUGUCUGUCUGUAUGUCUAUGUCUGUCUGGCUGUCUGUCAGUGGUUGGGUUGCGCAGGGUUGAAUCAUUUGCUGAUUGCAAUCAAGAAGCAAUUCAUUCUAGGAGCAUGAAGGGAGAGUCAACUUGACUAUCAAUUCUAAUGAUUAGCUGAGUUAAUCAAUGAAAGGCUGAGCUACUAUGGAAAUUGGCAGGAUCAGUAGCUUGUAUUCCGUUGGGUGUGACUUUGUAGAAUAUAGUGUAGACCACAUACAGUUCUCUUUUGUGGAAUUUAAGUGGGAUGUUGUUUGCUCUGCUGUCACCAAUCCGGUGCUUUAUAUUCAGGAUUUGUUUGUUAUGUAACAGCUGUUCCUCAGUAAGUGACUUCAUGCUUAUUCUCUUCUCUCUGUUCAGGCUCCUUCAUGCCUUAUCAUCCAGAUGCCUCGCUUUGGGAAGGACUUCAAGAUGUUCAACAAGAUCUUCCCCUCACUAGAGUUAGACAUCACAGACUUACUUGAAGACAGUGCGUAAAAAUGUAUUUUAUUUGAAUGUGGUUGAAGUUGGAUUAUCAUUAUUGAAUGUGAUGGAACUGUUUUCCAUAUCAGAAAUCUACUGUUCUCCAUCGACAUAUGGUUGUGUGUGGGUGUGUAUAGUCUUAACCCUCAACCUUGUGUUUCUCUCAGCUCCCAGGGAGUGUCGAAUCUGCGGGGGUCUGGCUCUGUAUGAAUGCAGGGAGUGCUACGAGGACGGUGACAUCACUGCCGGGAAGAUAAAACAGUUCUGUGAAAAGUGCAAUACACAGGUAACAGACAGAGAGCGCCAUUUCACCAACAUAGAAACUAAGGGGAUCUCAUCAGGGACUUGCAGUAGUUGUAAAGCAGUGUAGUUCCAGUACAAUCCACUUGGGGGUGACAAGUCCUAAGGAAUGACUGAGUUUCAUGUAACUUUCUAAAUUAUAUUAUAAUCUGGGUGGUUUGAGCCCUGAAUGCUGAUUGGCUGACAGCCGUGGUAUAUCAGACCGUACACCACGGGUAUGACAAAACAUUUAUUUUUACUGCUCUAAUUACAUUGGUAACCAGUUUAUAAUAGCAAUAAGGCACCGCAGGGGUUUGUGGUAUAUGACCAAUAUACCACGGCUAAGGGCUAUAUCCAGGCACUCCAUGUUUCGUCUUGCGUAAGAACAGCCCUUAGCCAUGGUAUAUUGGCCAUAUACCACACCCCCUCGUGCCUUAUUCCUUAAAUAACUUAUAGCUCAAGACAAAAGUGGAAAUAUUUACCCCGAACUUUGAGGCACAUUUGUGAAUAUUUUUGCUAAACUCUCAGUGAAUAUAUGCGUAAUUAAUUUAAAAAACUCAUGAAUUGUGAAACUUGUCAUUCUUCAGUUUAUUCUUUACACUGUAGUUGCCAUCGAUCUAUGAUAACUGUUAUUAGACAUAUUUAUAACUAUUGCAUAGAAAUACUUACAAAAUCCCCAAGAAAUAGAUAAAUACUUAUUUACAACCAUUAUGUGUGUUGUGUUCCCUCAGGUUCACCUCCACCCGAGGAGGAAGUCCCAUCGCCACGGGAAGCUGUCCGUCCCCAAGGAGCUGCAGGAGGGUGUGUGGCGGCAGGGUAGCUUCCCUCGCCAGCGGAUGGAGCUGUUCGCCGUGCUCUGCAUCGAGACCAGUCACUACGUGGCCUUCGUCAAGUACGGCCACCAAGACUCCGCAUGGCUCUUCUUCGACAGUAUGGCCGACCGCGACGGUAUGGGGAGAAAAGUCUUCUUUAGGAGUUAUUGGAUGACUUUUAGUUUUUUUUUACUGUUGGUGAAAUGUGUAUUGGAUAAUUUAGUAUUUUGUAUUGUUGGGGAAACAAUAUUUUGAAUCAUUUACAAAAUUAUUAUGAACUGUCAAACCAGCUAUUUUUCCGAUAUUGGCCGUUUGUCUCAUUGUUCAUAAUUAUGAAUAGAUAUUCAGUUCAAUAGUAAAUAUUUUGGAUUCAAGCUUUAGGUAUAUCCCUCAAAUCACACAUAGAAAUUAUAUUACAUAGAAAUAUAACUAGAACACUUGUCAUUGCUUUAAUACCACAGUUCUGAGUGCUCUGUGUGUUUGUUGUUCCAUAGGAGGGCAGAAUGGCUUCAACAUCCCCCAGGUGUCUCCGUGUCCGGAGGUGGGGGCCUAUCUGAAGAUGACCCCUGAGGAGCUGCACGCCCUGGACCCCAAGAGCAUCCAGGGCCAGGCCCGCCGUCUGCUGUGUGACGCCUACAUGUGCAUGUACCAGAGCCCCACCAUGAGCCUGUACAAGUAGAGCCCCCGGGGCAGGAGACUCCCAGACAGACAGACAGACAGACGGGAGAG